UAUUACCAGCAUCAUCAGCACAACAAACUACCAUGAUUAACAAUUCUAUACGCAAUAAACCAGCUUAAAGCUCUCUGUAACGACACUGUACACCAGUUCGACUUCUCUCACAAGAGCUACGCGGUGAUUACCUCUCUCACACUACACUUAGUCUCUCUCAAAAACAGAACUCUCUAGUUCUUUGGACUCUGGUUUGCACUUCGAAAUUUUUUACAAAUCUGAGUUUCCAACGGCUAGCGGAUAAUAAAAUACCAAGAUGGGUGUCGGGGAUGACGUAGCACCCCGCUUUACACAAAAGCCCACAUUGAAGCAGGAAAACGGGGGAAAGAAACUCGUAUUCUUAUGUGUUUUGGAAGCGUCUCCAGAACCAGAAAUAAAAUGGUUUCUUGGAACUACACCAUUAAAUCCUUCAGACAAGCUGAAAAUGCGCUUGGAACCUAAAGGAGGCCCUACCUAUAAUGUCAUCAUGGAUCUAUUUAAUGUAAGCAAAGAUGAUGCUGGGACAUACAAGGUGGUAGCAAAGAACAAACUGGGAGAGGUAUCAGCGACAAUCAAUCUGAAUCUUGGAGGAGCCCAAAAUCAACAAGAGGGCUUGGCACCAAAUUUCACUACCAAACCAGCAACUCGCCAAGUUGGUAAGAAUCUUGUGAUGGAAUGUCAACUCAGUGCAGAUCCAAAACCUACAAUUGAAUGGUUCCGUGAUGACACAAAAUUAGCACCAGGAGGCAACAUUACAAUGCGCAUGGAUCCGAAAGGGCCCAAGGCUUAUGCCCUCACACUAGAAAUAAAAAACGUUGGUAAUGCUGAUGCAGGGUCUUAUAAAAUCGUGGCUAAGAAUGAUCUUGGAGAGAGCAAUGCUACCAUUAAGUUGAACUUUGAUAGUAUGGGUGCAGAAGCGAAAGGCAAACCUAUGUUCACCAGUAAACCUGCAAUCCGACAGCUCGGAGAAAAACUAAUCAUAGAGUGUAAACUCACAGCUGAUCCUAAGCCAGAUAUAACUUGGCAACUCAACAACAAAACUGUAUCGCAAAAUCAGCGGAUUAAAAUGCAAAUCAGAUCUCUUGGUAAAAACCAUACAAUCUCUUUAGAAAUCAAUAAGGUAGGCAGUGCAGAUGGUGGUGAAUAUAAGGCUAUUGCUAAAAACACAGCUGGUGAAUCUACAGCCACCAUCAAUUUAAACUUUGAAGGUAAGUUUUAUUCAGACCAAGCAAUAAAAUAAAUCCAAUUUUUCCUU